ACUCGAUUUGCGACGCACGAGUUACUGUUUUUUUUGUUGCUACAGUUUUGGAUAUGAGCUCUGUCUGUGGUGGGUUGGAUUACAAAGAUGCAGAGUCCCACUCCUCUGCUUCGAGUCCCAAUAAAUGUUGUAAUAAUGGCUCCAAUCAUCAUGUCUCUGUUACCGGAUCUGAAGAUGCUCAAGAGUCUGAUGGGGAUGAUAGUGGUAAUAUACACCAAUAUCUGAAUCAAGAAUCCAAAGACAACACCAAACCUAUCUCAGAGCCUUUACCUCUAGCUCUCGAGUCUUCUGAUGAUCAAGGAGAAGACACGAACCUUGCUACCGUUACCGCAUUGCCCGAUAUGUUCUCUGAGAGCGUGAGUGCGGCUACUAUCAUCCCAGCCAUUAAAGGCAGCCGAAAGAAGCAUGGCAAGUCGGUCGAGAAGCUGAGGGUGUCAUGGGCUGAAGAUGUGUAUGAUCCUCCACCUUCCAUUGCAUCUCACACAAGGAGCAAGAGACAGCAUCAACACAAAUCAAAGAGCAGUUUGAAGAAGAGCGGAAAGAAAGGACACAAGGGAAGCAGUAGUAGUUCAUCAUCAUCAUCAUCAUCCCGUGGCAGCAAAGACAAGAAGUCAUCUUCGUCGUCUUCUCCUCGCAGCAAACACAGUCGUGAUAAGUUUGGAUGGGCCUCACAAAUGCCUAUCGUGGCCGCAUCUUCUUGAAUUGUCUGUGGCAUGACCAAGGCCACAUCCGGCUAACUUAAUAUAUCUCCUCUUCAGUCUCUCUUGCUUUCUCUCUCGUUUAUAUAUAAAUAAGAUUUUUGGUGUGGAAACGUUUCUCUGAGUUUCAGAACGACCUUUGUUAUUCGUACGGAAUGAAAUUUGUUUUACCGAGAAUUGCUACUAGUUUUGUAUUGUGACCCUUUCUUCGUAAAGGGUUACUUGUUUUGAUUGUGUUUAUGUUUGACGUGGCUAAAUAAAUAGUACAUGCGUAUGACUU